UUGCUGACAUAACAUUGAAGCGAUCCCUCCUUCCAAUUACACAACUUUUCUCACUGAAACGAGAUGUCGUCAUUCGCAACGCGCUCGAAAUCCGAACGUUUUUCGCAUAAGAGAAAGUGAGAAUUAAAAAAAAAUAAAUAAGAGUCGUUUUGUAACGACCGCUACGCCAUCCAACCCACCCAGCUGGUUGUUAAGCUGCCAUCAACCAGCCAUUGGCUAGAAGUGGGUCAGGCUGGUUGCGCCGACUCAGUCGCUUCUGACAUAGACCCACUGGGUCGGCUCUAUACUUGUAGGUCGUAUUAGUUGGUCGCUCACCAUUCACGCCAUCACCACCAGAAACGGCGUUCGCACUUUCGUUAACGGUAUGAAAUUAAAUCGUUGAAAGUGUGUCUAGUAUCUCCUGCGUCAUGUACCGAUUACAUGUUGAUAAACCCUCUUGAUGAUACAACGCGUUUGUCAACAAUGAUAUCUUCAGCGUCUCUCAUGGAUACUUCUGCAUGUUUUUUGCCAGCUACCCCAUCGAUGUUGUCUGGACCGACUCCUACACCGACGGAGUAUCAUCACGACACUCCGGACACCAAAGAAGGGAUUGAAGAACUUUGUCCCGUUUGUGGCGACACUGUGUCGGGUUAUCAUUAUGGUCUGUUGACGUGUGAAUCUUGUAAAGGUUUCUUCAAACGGACAGUGCAGAACAAGAAAGUGUACACGUGUGUCGCAGAAAGGAAAUGUCAUAUAGAUAAAAGUCAGAGGAAACGUUGUCCGUUUUGCAGAUUUCAGAAAUGUUUAGAAGUUGGCAUGAAGCUCGAAGCUGUACGUGCAGACAGAAUGAGGGGUGGAAGGAACAAAUUCGGACCAAUGUACAAAAGGGACAGAGCUAGGAAAUUGCAGCUUCUGCGCCAAAAGCAAUUAGCGCGUAACCAAUGUCAAGGGGUCCCGGCGACGGAAGGAGGAAUGAACAAUCCUUUGCCUUCGCAUCCUCCUUCAUUCACAGCUUCGACAGGACCGGCGGGUGUUACGGCCCCUCAACAACUUUAUUCUCCAGAAACCGUCUCUAUGAAACAAGAACUUAUUCAAAUCCCUCACCUGAGUUCGUCUACGAAUUCGCCCGAAUCUUCUCCUUCACCUCUCUCUGCCAUCAUCCCUGUCACUACUCUAGGAAGUCACUAUAGUGGGCCACAACCGACCAGAAUUCAUCCACAAGCACCAGUGGUACAAGAACCAUCGAAAUUAACUUGGGUCACGUCACACGCGCCACAAAACACAACACCGUCGCCUGGUCAUGGUGCAUCGCCGCCUGUUACUAAUGCGGCACCCUCUCCCAAAACUUACCACUACGAUGUUCCGUCCGCUGCAAAUGUUCCACCUCCUUCGGUAUCGUUAAUGACAGGAAUCGGAAAAAUUCCGAAUUUAAUUCGGGAAUUCCAAUCCUGCAUGGCCGACGAUAAGGAUUGGCAGAACCAAGUUUAUAGUUUAUUGCAAAGUCAGAGUUAUAAUCAGUGUGAAGUGGAUCUGUUCGAACUGAUGUGCAAAGUGAUUGACCAAUCGCUGUUCUUCCAAGUGGAUUGGGCAAGGAACAGCAUAUUUUUUAAAGACCUAAAGGUUGACGACCAAAUGAAAUUAUUACAACAUGCAUGGAGCGACAUGUUGAUCUUGGACCAUCUUCAUCAGAGACUCCAUAACGGUUUGCCAGAUGAAACUACUUUGCCAAACGGACAGAAAUUUGAUAUGUUAUGCCUAGCGUUAUUAGGAUUACCGGCAAUGGCUGACCAGUUGCAUCGUGUAGCUACUCGUCUUCAAACUUUAAAAUUCGAUCCUCUAGAUUAUAUAUGCCUCAAGUUCAUUGUUCUGCUCAAUCCAGAAAUCCGGGGGCUGUCAAACAUGAAGCUUGUCCACGAAGCUUACGAACAAACCCAGCAGGCGUUAUUGGAGUACACCAUGAACUGUUAUCCACAAGUGACGGAGAAGUUUAAUCAACUGAUGCAGGUAUUACCGGAGAUCAAAGUGAUCAGCAUGAGAGGUGAGGAAUAUUUGUAUUACAAACACAUAAACAGCAGUAUUCCGGCACAGACACUACUCAUGGAAAUGUUACACGCUAAGAAGAAAUGACAACAGACACCUGUACUAACAGAAGAACUUUAAAGAAAAACGGUGAAAGCAACCAUAAUUAUCCGAAACCAGACAUCUUAGGCUGCACGAAGGGAUUCAACGUAGUACCUCUGUCUACAAAGAGGGAACCUGUGAGCUCCCAAUGCAAAACACUGCCGUAUAUAUAUAAAUAUAUAUAUAUAUAAAUUGUACACCAUGUACUAUUGCCAGCAUUGAUUCUUAUUUUCCUUUUUUUUUCUUUUCCCAUAAAGGCACUUUUCAUUAUUAGUUUUUCUUCAGUUCAUAUUUGUGAUUAUAUUUGUUUGUACUGCCAAAAUUGACACGGGUCUGUUCGUCAGUAUAUUCUGUACAGAUAUAGAUAGAAUGGAAAAAGAUAAAGAUGAUAAGAUAUUAAAAAAACUCAUACGACUCAGGGAAUACGUCAAGCACAGCCACUCAAAAACAGCAAAAAAAUAAUAAAUAAUAAUAAUAAUAAACUUUUUAAAGAGAGUAUUCGAAAUGAGCGGGUUGGAGUUUUAACCCAUGUGUCAGGCAGUCCAAACUAUAGAUUUUUAGAUUUAAAUAAUUAUAUAUUAUAAAUAUUAUUAUAUUUUUUCGUUGUGUAUACCGUUACAACAGAGAUUCAAUUGAAAACUGUUCUGUUCUUUUAUUUUAUUUUUUAUAGCCAGGCCAAAAUUUUAAGUCUGUUUCGAUACUUAUUUUCUGCUCUGCAACCUCUGGGUUAAUUUUAAAAAAAUUAAUAAUGAUGAUGAUAAUAAAAGUCUGUAUGGUGUUCGUCGUGAAAUUUUAACCCCCUUCUACUUAUAUACAUGUGCUGGUGUAGGCUUCUGUCGCCGCCUCUGUACAUAGAUGUUGUAGUUAGUUGGUUGCGGGACACGUGUCAACGUAACAUAUAUUUGGACACCACGCUCUCGGACUCGACAGAAAAUGGUCUAGUGUUGAAAGUAUAGAUAUAUUUUCUACGAUAUACACGUGACAUUAUAUUAAAAAAAACAAACGGCUUAGGAAGCACCAUUAUAAAAAGAGGAAAAAUCAUAAUACUAAUAAUUCUUGUAUAUAGUUUUGACAGAAGUACAAAUUCACUUCUCAGCUGUUGUAUUUUGUGAAUUGUUAAUGGAGAGGUUACCUGUUAAGAGUUGUUUAUAGUAAAAAAAAAAAAGGUGGUAUAUAUAUAUAUAUUAUAUAUAUAUUAUAUAUUUUUUGAUUGUAACGCUGAUCUGGAAAGUGUGUGUGCCUUAAUAUACCAAUAGAGAUGCGUUUGUGAAUAAUCACUUAUACAUACUAAUCGUUGUGUUUUUAAAAUUAUGAUAAAAUGAAUUUGUUAAAAUUAUUAUUAAGAAAUCUUUUAAUUUUGAAGCUAUUUUACUGUAUGUAUAAAUGUUUAUUCACCACGUAAUUUAUUGAGGAAUGUCUCAUGAGCACAAACAUACCAUACAUACAUGGAAAACCCCCUAAAAGUUAUUAAUGGGCUGUUAUCAGCAUGAAAAAUGGUGUCCGAUUUAGCGAUGUGUCCAUCUUGUCAUUGUCAUCACACAUUUUUUUUUCCAUUAUUAUGUUUAUCAUCAUGGAAAUGGAGGGUGAUGGACCAAAAACAACUGUUCACGAGAUAAAAAAAAAAUGGGGAAAUCAAAAAAAUUAAUACAUACAUUUUUUAAAAAAGGGAUAACUCGGGGAGAAAUAAAAUCAAAAUUAUUACUAAAGAAUAAAGUUAUAAGAUUUUUAUGCCCUUUGUCAAAUUUUGAACUCGAGUGAUAGUCGCACACAACAGAGUUCUUCAGGUGCCUUCCUAUCUACCAUUGUGUUUUGUUGAUUGUUAUUCCCUGAAUGGUGAUACAUCUUUGAAUGUGGAGGGCCACUGAAUUAGAAAAAAAA